GAAGAAGAAGAAGAAACUUAAAAAAAAACCAAACAAUUUUUUGUAAGCAAACGGUUUUAUUUUACAAUGUGGAAAUUGAUAUUUUGAGUUAAAAUAUAUGUGAAACUUUUGUUCAUUUUGUAAGUAAUGUUUCAAAGGAUCGCAAAUUAAAAUGGAGAAGUUAAAUUGCACUUUACUUGCGAUAUCUUUGUGUGCAUUGUUGUGGGGUGUGGCCGGUCAAUAUGAGUGGCAAAUACGAGAUUCUAUUGACGAAAUUCGUGGAAGAAUGGACAAAAUAUCUCCAGACAACUGCUAUAUAAGCCACCUCGACGAUCUCUUCCUACCCAAAGACUCCGUGUCCCACCACCCCGAUGUGAAAGAAAUCAACAUCAACCCAGUGUUCGCAAAUCGUACCGCGAUGUUACAUUUGCAUAAUCUAGCCAUAAGUAGAGCCUUUUUCUGGAGUUACAUACUCCAGUCUCGUUUUAUUCGGCCCGCUAUCAAUGAUACGUACGAUCCAGGAAUGAUGUACUAUUUCCUAUCGUCCGUCGCGGACGUUUCAUCUAACCCCUACAUAAACGCUAGUUCCAUAUAUUUUUCACCGAAUAUGUCUUACACGUCCUCGUACAGAGGGUUCUUCAACAAGACCAUGCCGAGAUUCGCGCCUAGGGCUUUCAGAGCCGAUGAUUUCAAUGAUCCUGUACAUCUUCAGAAAGUAUCCACUCUAAACACGUUCUAUGUUGAAGAUUUAGGUGCGUUUGAUUCGGAAAGUUUAUCUAAAGAUUACACAUCAGAUUUCUACCGCACCAAUGAAUGGUAUCAAGUUUGGUUGCCGGAUCGGGUGGACAAAAGGCAUGAUACCAAAACAACAUAUCAAGUCGAAAUACGAUAUGCAAAUAACACUAAUGAGACAUUUACAUUCCAUGGACCUCCAGGCAAUGAUGAGACUCCCGGGCCUGUAAACUGGACGAAGCCAUACUUUGACUGCGGCAGACUGAACAAGUGGCUGGUGGCUGCUGUUUCCCCUGUAGCUGAUAUUUACCCUCGUCACACACAAUUCAGACACAUUGAAUAUCCUACCUACACAGCUGCAGUGGUAAUGGAAAUGGAUUAUGAUAGGAUAGACAUAAAUCAAUGUCCGUUCAGUCCGGGCAAUGACAAACCAAACAGGUUUACAGGGACUGCAAGAUGUAAAGAAGAAACUACAGAGUGUGAACCUCUACAUGGAUGGGGCUUCCGAAGGGGAGGAUAUCAGUGUCGCUGUAGACCUGGUUACCGACUACCAAGCCUUGUCAGGCGACCAUACCUGGGAGAGAUCAUAGAACGGGCGACUUCUGAUCAGUAUUACAAUAACUUUGACUGCAGCAAGAUUGGAUGGGUCCAGCGUUUGCCAGUGGAAUGGGUGAAGGCUGAUCCUCAGAUAAGAGCAAUGUAUAUGGACAGAUAUUACGAAUAUGUGAACUCCACUACAGGUCCAGAAUCAUUGCACACUGAAAGAAUGAAUUUGUAUGGAGCACUCAACUUUAUAAAGAGUGUCCAACCACAUAACUGCUCAUUAUACAAACCAUCAGACCUGAUACUAAACGGAGACAUAGCAUUCGGUGCUGAAGAGCAGUUCCAGAACCAAGCUAAAAUGGCUGUGAGAUUGGCAAAUUUCAUUAGUGCAUUCUUGCAGGUGUCAGAUCCAACGGAAGUGUUCAGUGGUACAAGAGUGGCUGACAAGCCUCUAACUGAGGAUCAGAUGCUCGGAGAGACUUUGUCCAUUGUGCUCGGAGACUCCAAGGUGUGGUCUGCUGGUACAUAUUGGGACAGAAACAAGUUUACCAACAGGACGUAUUUUGCGCCACUCGCUUACAAGACCGAGUUGAACACUAGGAAAUUUAAAUUGGAAGAUAUGGCAAGACUGAACAAGACAGACGAGAUUUACACAAACAAGCCGUGGUUCCAGUUCCUCAAGCAGCGCUGGUCGACGAGUUUCGAGGAGCUGGAGAAGUAUUUCCUCAAGAUGAAGAUCCGUGACGACGAGCUCGGACAUCAUCUCAAGCAGUAUGAAAGAUAUCCGACGUUCUACAAGGCUGCCAACAUCCAGCAGGGUCACUGGACGCGGCCGUACUUCGACUGCGACGGGCACCUCAAGCAGUGGGUCAUCACCUACGCCGCUCCAUUCUUCGGCUGGGACUCCGUCAAGAAGCUAGAGUUCAAAGGCGUGGUGGCGGUGACGAUGUCCCUGCUGUCGCUGGACAUCAACCAGUGUCCGGACAAGUACUACGUGCCCAAUGCGUUCAAGAACACCGACAAAUGUGACAGGAGCUCCUCCUAUUGCGUGCCGAUCCAGGGUCGCGGGUUUGAAUCCGGCGGCUACAAGUGCGAGUGUGCGCAGGGCUACGAGUACCCCUUCGAGGACCCCACCACUUACUACGACGGGCAGAUCGUCGAGGCGGAGUUCAUGAACCUCAUCGACGAUAAACUGACGCGCCUCGACAUGUUCAAGUGCAGGCUGGCCGGCGCCGCGAGUAUACAGGCCGCGGUCAUGAUGAUUGCGGCAGCGUUGGUGUUGCUGUGGCGCGCGCAGUAGUGUUACAGUUGGUAAAGUAUGCGCACUUUGUGUCAGCGGGGGCCGCAUUUUUGAUAUUUUUUUUAUAAUGGCGUGUAUGACAGCUAAGAUAUUUGUGAAAAAUGUGGUCCA